GAAGUUUGGCUUACGUUGAGGAAAGUGGGCAGAGCCGUUGAAGGGUAUGAUCGCAGUGAGAGGCGGAGAGGAGGGCAGACACAGCAGAGAAGCGACGUGCGAAGGACGGGCAAGAUGAAGUCGGGGACGGCGCAGCUCAAAAACCCACCAAAACGACGAAAAUCUCUCCUAAAUGCAACAGUGACGGUGGUAGACGAUGGGGGGUAGCCACGGCUGAUGAAAUUGAAAUUCCGAUUGAUGUUUUGCAGAGAGUGUCAAAUUGAAGAUUGCUUCAGAGAUGUAGAAUGGUUAGGCACCGUGAAUUGAAGAACUUUGACGGAUUCAUUCUGCAAUGGAAAUCUCAGACAUAGGAGACUUGCAAGAAGAUGUGCCAAAUCCAAAUAGAAAGAAGACAACUUUACACCAAUCGGUCAACUGGAUAUUGCUGCAGUGGAGACAGCGUUGUUUAACGCGAAGAUGGCAAGCGAUUUGGCAGUUAGCCAAAUAUUGUCAAGAUGAAACCUUUUUUCUAAAUGGACUAAGUGGAUUUUUUUUCUUCUAAUUUUUUAUUAUUAUCAUUUUUGUACCACAACAUGGACACUAUGGAUCACCGAUGCUAGGAGGAAAUCGGAAUUGUUUCAAAAAUCUUUGUACAUUUAAUAUUCAAAUGUUGUUUUUAAAUAAAGUGUGUACUCGUAUGUAUAUACAUCAAUGGCCUUGUUUUAUUAGUUGAACAGUUGGAAAAUCAAAAGUUUACCCGCUUGUUUUGAUUCUGACAUCGCAUAAAACCCAGAAGCAGAUUAUAGUGUUGGUUUUUAAAUGCAAUUAAGGUGGUUUGCCUUUCUUUUGUGUCCAGUGUUGGUGGAUUAUUAUAACUUCGUCUUUCCAAGUUUUGAUGUUUAAUUGGUAAAUUAUGUUAUGGUGCUGUUUAUUUUAAAAGGUUUCUCAUUAAUAAACGUAUAUAAUUAAUCAAAGAGCUUUGUUCGCAAUUCAUAUGGUUUCCUAAGCACAUAGUGAAAUGCGUUAUAAAAUGGCUACUGCUUGUCCUUCUUCCUGGCAGAACAGGAAGUGAUGUAAUUGCUGCAAAAAUAUAUAGUUUUACAGUCUAGUAUAACCUUUUGAUAAUUGUGAAUAAAGGGUUUCAUUUUGGGGCUUGUUUGCUAAGUUUUAAGUUAUCUGUUAGUUUAUAUAAAGUAAAAUUUAAACAUAAUAAAAGGGGUGGGACUUAGGCAUCACCUGAGUGUGGGGUAAAUGGAAAUAACGUCAAUCAAGAGCAAAGCUUUCAGAGCAGGGAAGGAGCUGUAGAUGGCGGCUGAUCCUUGGGAAGGCUACCCUGGGUUUUGUCAGACCGAUUCUCUUGCUCGUCUUCGGUCGAUGCCGGCUAGUUUUCAUAUAAAUCUGUGCUCUGUGUUCACGCGGUCGCUUUUUAGGUGGAUUUUGUGCGUUUUGUGUCUUUUUUUGGCUGAUUUUGAGAGCUGGAGGAGCCGUCUGUUCUGGCCGUGUGCUUGUCGUUGUUUUCCAUACUGAGCUCCGGCAGCCAUGGCGCGCCUCCAUUUUUAGAGUGCUGCUGCUCUUCGCCUCUGUCGCGCUGACAGGCAAUGAAGACUUUAGAGGCCUGAAAGCUUUUUGAAACAAACUCGUUUUUGUUAUUUGUAAAGUUAUCAUUUAUACUGCUUAUUUUUAUCCGAGUCGGAUAAAUAUUUAAUCUGCGACCAGGCGGAAAAAAAGAAACUAUUAGAUGUCUUGUUGGUUAGCACGUUUUCUCAUUGAUUUGAUUUGUUUACAUUUUGUAAGGAAUAAUUGAAAGAUUUUGUAGUUUGUAUAUAUUCUUUUUGUAAUUCUUCAUGCGAUGACGCAGUUAAAAUUCACGGCAUGCGGCUGUAUCUGUGGACUAUUUUGGAGAAUAUACGCAUAAUACUUGAUUUGUUAUAACAGUAUCUAUCAUUAUUGUUACCUUUAAUUUAAAUUAGUAAUGUAAAUUAUGAUUUUCAAAUCAGUCGAUUUAUUAUUUUCUCAUUUCGUGUCGCACCGUCUGGGCUUUAUCUGCCACCUGAGAAAAGGCAGUCUGAUGGGACUUCUGUGAUAGUUUAUGCUACCUUCAACUUUUUGACAGUAAAUACAAGGACAAAUCAUCACUAUCGAGUCUUAAGGAUAUUAUCAUGAUGAAGAAUAAAAAUAAAAAACAAGAGGACGAAGGAUCGACCCAGAGUAAUGCUUCAAGCAAUUCAGCUUCAGAGGAGUCCAACCGUUCGGCAUCUGAGUCUGGAAGUCAGUCAGAAAGCGAGCAUGGCAGUGUGAGGAGGCGAUCGCACAACUCUGAAUCAAACAGCUCCUCUGAGUCAGAGAGCCGCUCUGAGUCAGAGAGCGAAUCCGUCGGGUCCAAAUCGCAGCAAGCCACUUCCGAGGCCAAAGACAAACCAGUCAGGAAGAAGGAGCGCCUGGCUGAUGUGAAGAAGAUGUGGGAAGAACACCCAGAUAUGUAUGGCGUCAGGAGGUCGAAUCGCAGCAGACAGGAGCCGGCUCGUCUCAACAUCGGAGCCGAGGACAGCAGUGACUCGGAGAGCGAGAGCCCUAAAAGAAAAUCUUCUCGAACGAAGAAAAAGGAAAAUAUCUGGAAAGAUGAUGACUCAAUUGAUGAAGAGGAAGAGGAGGAGGAGGAGACAUCCGGCAGUUCAGACAGUGAGCAGGAAGAGAAAAAAGUUAGAUCCAGACGACUUCCUGCUAGAAGGCCUCAGACCAAAUCAUCAAAAAAGCAGCAGCCUCAAAAAGGAAGGAAGUUGAGAAAACAGGAAUCAUCAGCUGAAGACGACGAUGAUGACGAUGACGACGACGAUGACGACGACGAUGAAGAAGAUACUCCAAAAAGACAGACUAGAAGAAGAGGGGCCACAAAAAUUAAGAGCUAUAAAGAGGAUCAGCAUGACUUUGAAACUGACUCUGAUGACCUGAUCGAAAUGACCGGAGAUGCUGGUGAGGAGCAGCAGGACGACGACAGCGAGACCAUCGAGAGGGUUCUCGAUUGCAGGACCGGCAGCAAAGGAGCCACUGGAGCUUCCACCACUGGGUACGCAGUGGAGGAAAACGGGGACCCCUGUGAAGGUUUCGAUCCUGAGAAAGAUGAAGGAGAGACUCAGUAUCUGAUCAAGUGGAAAGGCUGGUCCUACAUCCACAACACCUGGGAGAGCAUUGACUCGCUAACGCAGCAGAAGGUCAAGGGGCUGAAGAAGCUGGACAACUUUAAGAAGAAAAGUGAUGAGUUGAAUGCUUGGUUAAGUAAAGCGUCUCCAGAGGAUGUGGAGUUUCAUAACUGCCAGCAGGAGCUCACAUCUGACUUGACGAAACAGUUUCAAAUUGUGGAGCGAGUCAUUGCAACAAAAACAGGAAAGACUGCAGGUUCCUCUGAUUUUCCCUCCCACAGUCACAAGACUCCAUCCUCGAACGAGCCGGAGUACCUGUGCAAGUGGAUGGGCUUGCCAUAUUCCGAGUGCAGCUGGGAGGACGGCGCCUUGGUCAGCAAGAAGUUUCAGCACUGCAUCGACGGCUUCAUGAGCAGAAACUCCAGUAAAACCAUCCCGUCUAAGGACUGCAAGGUAUUAAAGCAAAGGCCGAGGUUUGUCGCGUUAAAGAAACAGCCAUCAUAUAUUGGUGAUGAGAACCUUCAGCUAAGAGAUUACCAGCUGGACGGGUUGAAUUGGCUGGCUCACUCCUGGUGCAGGUGCAACAGCGUCAUCCUGGCCGAUGAGAUGGGGCUUGGGAAGACCAUCCAGACCAUCUCCUUCCUGUCCUACCUGUUCCACCAGCAUCAGCUCUAUGGACCCUUUCUGGUGGUGGUGCCUCUGUCCACGUUGACCUCUUGGCAGAGGGAGUUUGACACCUGGGCUCCGGACAUGAACGUGGUGGUCUACUUGGGCGAUGUCAUGAGCAGGAAAACGAUCCGUGACUACGAGUGGGUGAACCAUCAAACCAAAAGAAUCCGUUUCAACGCCCUCUUAACGACCUAUGAGAUUCUGCUUAAAGAUAAGGGCGUCCUGGGGAAUAUUAACUGGGCCUUCCUGGGUGUGGAUGAAGCUCACAGGCUGAAGAAUGAUGACUCCCUGCUCUACAAAUCCUUAAUGGAGUUCAGAUCCAACCAUAGACUCCUCAUUACCGGCACUCCGCUACAGAACUCCCUCAAGGAGCUCUGGUCUCUGUUACACUUCCUAAUGCCCGACAAGUUUGACUCCUGGGAGGAUUUUGAGGAUGUACACGGAAAAGGAAGGGACAACGGUUAUCAGAGUCUCCACAAAGUCCUGGAGCCAUUCCUGCUCCGAAGGGUCAAGAAAGACGUAGAGAAAUCUCUGCCUGCCAAGGUGGAGCAAAUCCUCCGCGUUGACAUGUCGGCACAGCAGAAACAGUUCUACAAGUGGAUUUUAACAAGGAAUUACAAAGCCCUUUCCAAAGGCACCCGCGGCAGCUCCAGUGGCUUCCUAAACAUUGUGAUGGAGCUUAAAAAGUGCUGCAACCAUAGUUUUCUCAUUAAGCAGCCUGAGGAGGGAGACGGAGAAACGCAGCUGGAAACCCUGCAGGCUUUGGUGAGGGGCAGUGGAAAGCUGGUCCUGCUGGACAAGCUGCUGACCCGACUCCGCGAACGAGGCAACAGAGUCCUGAUCUUCUCCCAGAUGGUCAGGAUGCUGGACAUACUGGCCGAAUAUCUCACAAAGAAGCGAUACCCUUUUCAGCGCCUGGACGGUUCCAUAAAGGGAGAAAUCCGAAAGCAGGCACUAGACCACUUUAAUGCAGAGGGAUCAGAGGACUUUUGCUUCCUGUUAUCCACCAGAGCUGGAGGUUUGGGUAUUAACUUGGCCUCGGCAGACACUGUGGUCAUAUUCGACUCAGACUGGAACCCUCAGAACGACCUGCAGGCCCAGGCCAGAGCCCACAGGAUCGGACAGAAGAAGCAGGUGAAUAUAUAUCGGCUCGUCACUAAAGGAACAGUGGAAGAGGACAUCAUCGAGAGGGCAAAGAAGAAGAUGGUUUUGGACCAUCUGGUCAUUCAGAGAAUGGACACGACGGGUCGAACGGUUCUGGAUAACAACUCAGGAAACUCAAAUUCAAACCCUUUCAAUAAAGAAGAACUGACCGCUAUUCUCAAGUUUGGUGCUGAGGAUCUGUUCAAAGAGGCAGAGGGAGAGGAGUCCGAACCACAGGAGAUGGAUAUAGAUGAGAUCUUGAGGUUGGCAGAAACAAGAGAAACGGAUCAAGGCUCCAGCGCUACAGAUGAGCUUCUAUCACAGUUUAAGGUCGCCAACUUCUCCAGUAUGGAAGACACCACUCCGGAGUUUGAGGAGAAGCCCAUACGGGAAUGGGACGACAUCAUUCCUGAGGAGCAGCGGCGUAAAAUUGAGGAGGAGGAGAAGCAGCGGGAGAUGGAAGACAUCUUCAUGCUGCCCAGGAGCAGGAGCUCCAACAAGAGGGCACAAGCCAAUGACAGCGACAGCGAUGUGGGCUCAAAGCUGAAGCAACGCUCGUCUGGCUCAGACAGCGAGACGGAUGACAGCGACGACGACAAGAAGCCAAAGAAAAGAGGCAGACCUCGAGCUCGCAAAAACAACGUGGAGGGCUUCACCGAUGCAGAAAUCCGCAGAUUCAUUAAAGCCUAUAAGAAGUUUGGAUCUCCACUGGAGAGGCUGGAAGCCAUCGCCCGAGACUCUGAGUUGGUGGACAAAUCCAUCGCAGACCUGAAGAGGCUGGGCGAACUGAUUCACUCCAGCUGUGUGACGGCCGUGCAGGAGCACGAGGAACAGCUCAAAGAGAACCCAGUUGAAGCCAAAGGUCCUGGGAAACGCAGAGGAAUCAACAUUAAGAUUUCAGGAGUUCAGGUCAAUGCCAAGUCAAUCAUCCAGCAUGAGGAGGAGUUUGAGCCGCUUCACAAAGUCGUGCCCCUUAACCCCGCUGAGAGGAACAAGUUCAAGCUGACUUGCAGGGUUAAAGUCGCCCACUUCGAUGUGGAGUGGGAUCUGCAGGACGACACUCAGCUUCUACUGGGUAUCUACGAGCACGGCUUUGGAAACUGGGAUUUGAUAAAGACAGAUCCUGAUCUGCAACUGGCUGAUAAGAUUCUUCCAGACGACCCAAACAAGAAGCCUCAGGGCAAGCAGUUGCAGGCGAGAGCCGAGUAUCUGCUCAAACUGCUUAAGAAAGAGCAAGACAACGCGAUUCUGUCUAAAUCCGGACAGGAGGUUAAGGUGAAGAAGAGGAAGCCCCGAGCUAAGAAAGAAGCCAAGGUUCUCAAAGACGAGCAGGGCAACGAGAUCUCGUCCCCCCGGCAGUCCGAUAACCCGUCAGAGGAAGGAGAGGUCAAGGAAGAGGGAGCAGAGAAGUCUCCUGUGAAGAAGAGGCAAAAGAAAAAAGAUAACAAGGAAAAUAAAGAAAAACAGGGAACACCUAAAAAAGAGAAAGAUGGAGACAAGGAAAAGAAAACUGCCAAGCCCAGAAAGGAGAAGGCUAAGGGAGCCAAAGGGAAGAAGACUCAAGGUCCAGUUCACAUCACGGCCGGUUCCGAGCCCGUUCCCAUCGAAGGAAAGGAGGACGAUGAGCUCGACCAGGAAACCUUUAGCAUUUGUAAGGAGCGCAUGCGGCCGGUGAAGAAGGCCCUCAAGCAGCUGGACAAACCUGAUGAAGGACUGUCCGACCAGGAGCAGCUCCAGCACACACGCACAUGCCUGCUGAAGAUCGGAGACCGAAUCACAGAGUGCCUUAAAGCGUACAGCGACCCCGAACAUGUCAAGAUAUGGCGCAGGAAUCUCUGGAUUUUUGUGUCAAAGUUUACAGAAUUCAGUGCCAGAAAGCUCCACAAGCUUUACAAAAUGGCUCAAAAGAAGCGAUCACAUGAUGAAGAGAAGGAGCACAAGAAGAAGGACGAUUCUUCAGGGAGGACAAAAUCCUUCAGACCGGAACCUUCGGGGUCCAGUCGAGACUCCACAGGGACACCGUCCUCCAAAUCCGGGCCUCUCCCGAGCCAAUCAGGAACACACGGACACCACAGGGAACCGUACAACGCUGCUAACAAACGACACUUUGGCAACAAUGAUCGAGGUGACUGGCCGAGGGACCGUAAAUACGGUUACCAAGGAAACAGCAAUCAGCCUUGGCAGGGAGACCGCCACCAUCCAUACGACCCUCAUCGUUACAAGGAUCACUACGGAGAUAGACGUCCCCACGGAGAUACGUAUCGGAACUCAGGAGGUUACCGUAACAACACCUCUCCUCGAAAAAGGCCGUAUGAGCAGUAUGGCAACGACAGGGACCACAGGGGACAUCGGCCCUAUUAUGACAGGCACCCGGACCCCAAACGGAGACGUUCCGAUGAGUUCCACCCCAGUUACCACCAGGGCAGGGACGGCCCUCCGCAGGACUUCAGGAGGAUGCCGGAUCACAGAGCACAGGGUCCGCCGGGGCCGGAGCAUUACAACCGGCCCUUCCACCCAGACAAACCCCUCCCGCUGAUGGACCCCCGCUCCCCGCAGGCUCAGAAGUCUCCGCAGGACUCCCGCUCCCCGCUGGAACGCCCCAUGGAUCCCGGCCUUAUGCCGGAUCCAAACUGGAACAGCAGGAAAACAUAGAGCCCCCAGGGCCAUGAGGACUCUCCGUUUAUAAGCUGACUGUUGAGAAAGGGAAUCAACAUGUACUGUCUUUACCAGCAAACUUUCUCCCAGUGUUUGUGAUUGUAAGAUGGAAGGAAAUGAACUGAACAGAACUGAACUGUGCAUCUUUAUUUAAAUGAACUGCCUCCUCAGUUGAUCAUGAAGCAACUGAGUGGAAUGACUGUGGAAGCUUAGUCCUAUGGACUAUUAGAAGGGAGAUUUGGAUCCAUGAACUGAUGAGUGAUCUCAAUCCUAAAAGUGCCUGAAAGUGUUGGCCUUCUGAAGGGUAAAUGUACGGGAAUGUUCCCGGAGCAACCAUGGACACUUGUUUUUUUUUGGGGGGUUUUUUGUUUGUUUUUUUCCUGUGCUUAGCUUUAAGUAUUGCAAAAAGAUGUCAUCAGAAAUUGAAUGUGUUAAUCAUUUGCACCUUGGAAACAUGUUGACCAUGUAGCUGAAGAAAAUCACGGAGUUUUCACUGUGCAGAUGGAGAGAAUUUCAUCUGAGGUUGCCGGAAAUUUGAUUAAACAAGCCGGCAUCACUCAGGAGAACUUUUGAUUAUUUAAAAAAAAAAAAAAUCCCAUUCACCUUUCUCAUGUGUACCGUUAUGUACCAUUUAUGUAACUAUGUAUCUAUUCCAGUCAUUGCCAUCCCUUCCGCUCUGUUCACUUUAAAGUCUUUCCUCGCCAAUAUUGAAGCUAUCAAAGCAGUAUUUAUUAUGACUUUUCCAGUAGUUCAUAACACUAUAAAUCCAAACAAUCGUUUAUUAUGCCUUGCAGUAUUAGAAAUGGUACUUUGCUUCUUUAAGUGAUUCACCUUUUCUUCCCUAAUCAGGCGUUAUGUUUCUACCCACAGAUGGUUGUGCACUGCUGUUCUUUGUUACUCCUCCUGUGCCAAAUGUUCUUUCAUCCCACCUUUAUUCUGGUCUCUUUAAGCUUCUUUAAGUACCAUUUCUGUUUCCAGGAUCAAACUGCAGAACGGUUGAUGAAUAGUGCUGACAGAAUAUGAAAGGGCUGCACUUAGCUAAAUUAUAAAUUGAUUAAAAGCUCAAAAAAGGAUAACAUAUUCUGGUAAUUCGCGUAGCUUUUUGGUAGAAUGGAAUGUUUUUAGGGGCAAAGUGUAAAAACUAUGGUAUGAAAAGUUUUUUUAUUUUUUUAUUUUUUUUUGGGGGGGCUUACAGUUAAUUUCUUACAGUGAACAACCAGCUGUUGUUUUUCUCCCACUCAAAACAAACUACAGUUCCUGUAUUAUGUUCUGUAAGAGAGUUUAAAUAAUUUAUAUUUGUGACAAAACCACCCUUCAUGAAAAAAAUUGCUGUACAUAUGUUUGGACAUAUGUAAUAAACUUUGUUACACAAAA